AUGUCUGAUUUUCCUAUGACCUCUACAGGCCGCAGAGCCACUCGCGGUAGACCUUUCCGUGGUCGCGGCCACGGCAUCAGCUCUGGAAGGCCUCGUCCUCAGCCAGCAUCGUCUCCUGUGAAGACCACAUCUGUCCAGAACAACAACCGCGUCGAUCGCGCUGCUUCCGAGAAGCCUGCCUCUGGCGUUCCUUCCCCAGGCGUUCCUGCCCGACUCGACACUUCAAUCGCGACUAUUGAUGAGGUUAGCGCUCGGAAUAGCACUGGGACCGAGGCAGAAUUGGCUCGCCAGUUAGGCCUUGUCACUCCUCAGAACGAUCAGUCUCUUCUCGCCGGGCCGCCUGCACUUACCAUCAACAACUUUGCCCCUUCCGGUAAUGCUCCCCCUCCCGCUAGCGACUCCGAAGCCACUGAACCGGAAGACAGCAUCUUUGCUGCUAUCAUCAAACAUAGGGUCAAUCACGUUGAUCGCACCGUUCGAAUCCGCGAGAGCCAUGGAGGACGCGAGCAAGCUACAGGCCUCGAUGAGUACCAUGUUUUUGCCAUCCUUGAUUCCCACGGUAGCGCUGGAAAGAACAGAAAGCUCUUGUGCCAGUGGGUCGGAUAUCCCGAUGAGCCGGAACAGAACACCUGGGAGCCUGAGACGAAGGUCAGGGACAUUGCCGAGACCAUUCACGAUGAGUGGCUUGAGGAGAUGCAGAAGAUGAAGAAGAACAAAGGCCCAGCCAAGAAAGGUCCGGCGAAGAAAGGAGUAGUCAAGAAAGGAACAGCCAAGAGCAAGAGCAAGGCUUAG